AUGCUGCAGGUGGAUGACUUUACUUAUGAAAUCAAACCACUAGAGGCUUCUUCCAAAUUUGAGCAUGUAGUUUCUCGGCUUGUAUCACAAUAUAUAUCAGAGGAAGAUGAAAGGUGCAACAUUCCAGAGAAUAAUGCAAAUCAAAUGGUUAAAGAGGGAAAUCUUGCUGAAAGUCCAAGAGCAGUCCCUCCCUAUUUGUGGCGGGUACAUAUAAAACAGGCGCAUCUUCACUACACAGUAUCUAACUCACUCUGGACUCAGCAAAGAAAUCAAUCUCGUAUUAUAGAGAAUGUAUUUAUUAUAAACAGCAUAACACACAGCAUUUAUAGACCAAUGGGCUUAAAUAUGUUCAUACGAGUUUUGUGCAUAUGGGAAGGGUCAGAUCCAAUUGAUGUAGCCUUUCCGAGUGCUUCACUAGUGGUAGAGUUUUUUGGUUUAUGGAAACUGCAUGAAUGGUAUUGGCAGAUUCCUCAUUCUACUUCAGUGCUUCUUACAGGGCAUAAAAUAGGAGACAACAUUUAUUAUGCUCACUAUAACGGUAUGUGCAACCCCAAUUGGGGAGCAUUAUAUGUGUUUGUGUCAAAGUAUCACAUAUUUCUCUGUUCAACAUUAUUAGCACAUACACUAGGUCACAACCUAGCAAUGCCACAUGACAGCCACGGUUGUGUCUGUUUUCGAAGAACUCAUUGUCUUAUGAAUUCUGUGCCUGGUCUUUACGAUGUACCCAGCAAUUGUUCUUUUGCAGUACUACACGAUAAGAUUCAUAGUUGGGAUCCUUGCUUGAGUGACAUUUAUCCUCCAUACAAUAAUUUUCCUUAUGUAGCUCCUCGCUGUGGAGACAGGAUAAGAAAUAACCAAGAGGAAUGUGACUGUGGGUCUCUCAAAGAAUGUUCCACGAAUAAGUGUUGUGGAACCAACUGUCUUUUCACUCUUGGCAGUUUGUGUGAUGGAGACCCUUGCUGCAUUCAGUGUAAACUCGCUCCUCCCGGAACUGUAUGCAGAGACCCGCUUGGUAUUUGUGAUCUGCCAGAAUACUGUGAUGGGAAAGGGGAAAGAUGCCCCGAAGACUUUUACAUUCAAGAUGGAACCCCAUGUUCACCACUAGCUGUUUGUAUGAGAGGAAAUUGCAGUGACCGGGAUUUGCAGUGUCAAGCUCUGUUUGGACGCAAAGUAGCAGAUGCCCCGAAAGCCUGCUAUGACAAACUGAACAUAAUAGGUGACCGAUUCGGAAACUGUGGACUUAGGAAACUGCGACAGGGAAGUGCACCUAG